GGACCGAGCCGAGCGGGAGGGAGGGAGGGAGGGAGGUUGAUUUCUACGGGUUCACAGUUGCCUUCACGUUUUAAAGGUUUUCGGGAUGAAAAAGCAAAUUCAGAUUUCCCUUUUCCAGUAAUUGAAAGGAUGAAUGUUUCUUUGGCCAUUGCCUCUGUAGCUUAAUGACGGUACUAGAGAUGGUCUAUUACUGAAGUGGAAAAGGUAUGGUGUGAAUAUGCGUUGCUUGGCAGCUCGAGUUAACUACAAGACUCUCAUUGUCAUCUGUGCCCUCUUUACACUGGUCACAGUUCUGCUGUGGAACAAAUGCUCAAGUGAUAAAGCAAUCCAAUUUCCAAAAGAUCUGAGCAAUCUGGAGGACCUAUUCAGGGGAGAGGGUCUGGAGAAGCGCGAGGUUAACUCUGAGAGCAACGAUGAUGUAAACAGCCUCAUGCAAGUUGGGAAACCUCCACCGAAGCAGCUGUCAGAAGAUGUUUUGCGACAGGAACAACAGAAGGCCCCUCCUAUAGUUGGUCUUGGCCUCCUAAAUAACAAUGCCAACAAAAUAUUAGGGCCUAAAUAUGAGGAGAUGGAUUGCUUAAUAAAUGAUGAGACCAUCAUAAAAGGGCGGAGAGAAGGCAAUGAAGUUUACCUGCCUUUCAGUUGGAUUGAAAAGUAUUUUGAGGUUUAUGGAAAGAUUGCCCAGUAUGAUGGGUACGAUCGUUUUGAAUUUUCCCACAGUUACUCAAAAGUAUAUACUCAGCGAGCGCCUUACCGCCCAGAUGGAGUAUUCAUGUCCUUUGAAGGCUACAAUGUAGAGGUCCGAGACCGUGUGAAGUGCAUCAGUGGCAUUGAAGGUGUGCCUUUGUCUACACAGUGGGGUCCUCAAGGUUAUUUCUACCCUAUUCAGAUAGCACAAUAUGGGUUAAGUCACUAUAGUAAAAACCUCACUGAGAAACCACCGCACGUUGAAGUGUACGAAACCGCAGAGAAAAAAGAUAAAGGCUCCAGAGCAAGUGACUGGAUUGUGCCCAAGGGUAGCACUGUUUCUACAGUCUUUGACAAAGCCAGAUCCAGCAACGUCAAGCAUUUCAGCACCUCAGAAUCUUCAGAGGGAGUUUCUUUGGUGCUUGGUAACAUGAAAGAUUUUAUAAUUUCCUUUGAUAUUAAGUUCUUGACAAAUGGGAGUGUUUCAGUGAUGCUGGAAACAACUGAGAAGAAUCAGAUGUUUACAAUUCACUAUGUGACAAACACACAACUUAUCGCCUUCAAAGAUGGAGACAUUUACUACGGCAUCGGCCCGCGGACUAGCUGGAGCACUGUUACUAGAGACCUGGUGACUGACCUGAAGAAAGGAGUUGGUUUGUCCAACACCAAAGCGGUAAAGCAGACUAAAAUCAUGCCCAAGAAAGUGGUAAAGCUGGUGGCUAAGGGGAAAGGCUACAUUGACAACAUUAUUAUAGCAACAACAGCACAUAUGCCAGCCUUCUUCGCUGCCAGUGAUUGGCUGGUUAGAAACCAGGAUGAAAGGGGGGGCUGGCCAAUUAUGGUGACCCGGAAGCUAGGAGAAGGUUUCAAGUCUUUAGACCCUGGCUGGUAUUCAGCCAUGGCACAAGGUCAAGCUAUGUCUACACUUGUAAGGGCCUACCUGCUUACAAAGGAGCAGGUGUACCUCAAUUCAGCCCUGCGGGCCAUAGCACCCUAUACCCUGAAGUCACAGGACCAUGGCGUAAAGGCCGUGUUUAUGAAUAAAUACGAUUGGUAUGAAGAGUACCCAACUUCUCCCAGCUCUUUUGUUUUAAAUGGUUUCAUAUAUUCUCUGCUGGGUCUGUACGAUCUGAGAGAAACUGCAAGCGAGAAAGUGGGACAAGAAGCAAAUAAACUGUACGAGCGAGGCAUGGAGUCUUUGAGAGCCAUGCUUCCACUGUAUGACACUGGCUCAGGUUCAAUCUAUGAUCUCCGCCAUUUCAUGCUGGGUACAGCUCCCAACCUGGCCCGCUGGGAUUACCACACCACCCACAUCAACCAGCUCCAGCUGCUGAGCACCAUCGAGGACGCACCAAUCUUUAAAGAGUUUAUGAAGAGAUGGAAGACGUAUUUAAAAGGAGGGAGGGCAAAGCACAACUAGAGCUGAAAGCCAAAUUAUAAUCUUAUGAAACGUACAUAUAAUAUAUAAGGGAAGGUCCAUUAAUUUAAACACUUUUAUAAGGAGUGCAGGUUGUACCUUUUUUUUCUUUAAUCUCUGUCAUUUUACAGGUAGAAUGUCAUUUUGUAAACGGAAUGAGUAUUACCGGUAUCUUACAGAAUUACUCUUGAUUUAACAUGCUUUUUACUUUCUGUUGAAUUAAUGGAAGUGGGGACACAGUCAUUAAUGUUUGUGUUGAGGACUAAUAGUGUGUGUGCGCGUUAAUUGAGCUCUCUCACACUGACUGGCAAAUGAAUUCUUUCAAGAUUGUAUUCCUUCCCCCUAUUUUACAUACUUUUCCUCAUUUCUGCCCUUUAUUAUUUGUGUGUGAACGGAGGGGGCUAUCAAUAUCUGUUAUCUUUGUAUCAGAUCUCUCUAUUCAAACACAAUUUAAAAAUAUCCAUACACCUGGUGUUUCACCAGCCGGACUUGUUUUCUGUUCAGAGAGCCUGUAUCCUUGUGUCUGGCCAACUUGGCACCUGUAAUUAUGUAUGAAAACAACAACAAAAUUGCAUUUUUACCGCACCUUUCACGCUGGAAGGA